AGUUGGCUCGAACGGCAUUGUCGUCGCGAGGCUGUUCCAGAAUUGGUUGAAGAAGAAGAAGAAGAAAGCUCUCUGUAUUGGUAUUUAUUGGUGGGUAGUACAGCGCUUUUGAGUUUUCGGGCAGCGGAGCAUUGGAUAUCAUCGCCGAACACACAGCGAAAUGAUUCACUUUGUGCUUCUCAUUAGUCGACAAGGAAAAGUGAGAUUGACAAAAUGGUAUUCACCUUAUACACAGAAGGAAAGAACUAAGGUUAUACGUGAGCUAAGUGGAGUGAUCCUUACGCGAGGGCCCAAACUCUGUAAUUUUGUUGAAUGGAGAGGAUACAAAGUUGUUUAUAAAAGGUAUGCUAGUCUAUAUUUCUGCAUGUGCAUUGAUGAAGAAGACAAUGCAUUGGAAGUCCUUGAAAUAAUUCAUCACUUUGUGGAGAUUCUGGACCGAUAUUUUGGCAGUGUCUGUGAGCUGGACUUGAUCUUCAACUUCCACAAGGCCUACUAUAUAUUGGAUGAACUAUUGAUUGCUGGCGAACUUCAGGAGUCUAGCAAGAAGACAGUUGCACGGUUGAUAUCUGCACAGGAUUCAUUGGUGGAGGCCGCAAAAGAGCAGCGCAGCUCAAUAAGUAAUAUAAUCGCUCAGGCUACUAAGUAGAGGACAGGCAUAUAUAAUUGUGUGAUAUAUUGGUUGACAUUAAAAUGCUAUCUGUAUUAUUGUUAUUUUCUGUCUUGUCAUUUUAACGACUGGAAUGCACCGUUUGCUAUGCAUGUGUUUUUGAGGAUUGUACAA